CAGAAGCGCGCGUUCAGUCAUUUAAACUGCACUCAGAGCUCUGUUGACUUUUUAGUCGCUAUCUGAGUUCUGAAGAGACAAAACGCGCUGAUUAUAAACCGGAACAAGUGGUUGAUUUUAUUUCUGGACUGGUGGGAACCUGUUGUGGAGCAUCAGUGAUUCAGGCUCAUCUCCUUCACUCAUCAUGGCUCACUUCGGUUUCGAGAAUGACGUGCAGAGCCUGUUGAAGCUGGACAUGCCCAUCACCAACGCCCCGAUGGCCAGGUGGCAGAGGAAAGCCAGCACGUCCACCUCGGCCAACACGAGCACCCUGUCUCCGAGCAAAAGCGCCAACCGCUCUGUCAGCAUGUCCAAAACGCCGAGCAAAACACCAGGGAAGAACGGUAAGAACCAAAGCACACCCUCGAAGGCAGGAGGAGACCGAUUCAUCCCCGUCAGAAACGCCAAACAGAUGGACGUGGCGAGUUUCCUCAUCGCCAAGGAAAACGAGCCGGUCGAGGAAGCAGCAGCGUCAUCCACACAAACUAACCAGAAGGCCUGGUCCGUGACUCUGAACGGAUGCGACCUCGAGGAGGCCAAAAUCCUGCAUCUAACCGGAAAACCUCUUAACGCCCCCGAAGGUUAUCAGAACAACUUGAAGGUUCUGUACAGCCAAGUUCCCACGCCCAUGUCGCUGAAAAAGAGCCGCUACAUAUCCUCAGUUCCAGAGAGGAUUCUAGACGCCCCUGAGCUCAAGAACGACUUCUAUCUGAAUCUGAUGGACUGGGGCAGACUGAACGUUCUGGCCGUGGCGCUCUCGGAGUACGUGUACCUGUGGGACGCUGCGCUGGGGCAGAUCGUGCUGCUGAAGAAGAUGGAGGAGGAGAACGGCUACAUCUCCUCCGUCUCCUGGAGCAAAGACGGAAACUUUCUGGCCAUCGGGACAAGCGACUGCAAAGUGGAGCUGUGGGACGUUCAGUGUCAGAAGCGUCUGCGCAGUAUGGAUGGUCAUCGCGCCAGAGUCAGCUGCUUGAACUGGAACGAUCACGUCCUGUCCAGUGGCUCCAGAUCCGGUUUGAUCCACCAGCACGACGUCCGUGUAGCCGAUCAUCACCUGUUCACGCUCCGAGGUCACACGCAGGAGGUGUGCGGUCUCACCUGGUCUCCCGACGGUCGCUAUUUAGCCAGCGGCGGAAACGACAACCUGGUGAACAUCUGGCCGAGCGCGCAGGGCGGAGCUCAGACGGCCAUGCACACGUUCAGCGAACACCAAGGAGCCGUGAAGGCGCUGGCGUGGUGUCCGUGGCAAUCCAGCAUCCUGGCAUCCGGAGGAGGAACCAGCGACCGCCACAUUCGCAUCUGGAACGUCAACAGCGGCUCGUGCGUCACGUCCUGGGACACGCAGUCUCAGGUCUCAUCUCUCGUGUUUGCACCGAACUACAAGGAGCUCGUCUCUGGUCACGGUUUCGCACACGACAAGAUCUUCAUCUGGAAGUAUCCCUCGCUCGCUAAAGUGGCCGAGCUUGAAGGCCACGAAGGCCGCAUCCUGAACAUGGCCCUCAGUCCCGACAGCUCCAUCCUGGCGUCCAUCAGCUCAGACGAAACCAUCCGACUGUGGAAGUGUUUCGAGAAAGAUCCCACUAAAAAAGCCAAGCCGGCGAGCAGCAGCAUCAUCCAGCAGCACAUCCGAUAACCAGCGUUUUUAAAUCAUGGUUACGCACCACUAAGUUAUAUACAAACGAGUUUCUUGUAAAUUUCAAAUAAAGGUUUUGUGUUUUUUGGUUUUUCAUUUGCUUUCUGAAAUGCGCUUCCGGAUUUAUCAUGUGUGCACGAGGAUUGUUUUUAUUUCGUAUUUUUUGUAUCAAGCAUGUGUUAACUGGUUUUAUGAUGUAUAUUGCAGUAUUUAAUGUUCAGUAUUUUAUGGAGAUGCUUUAAAAUCAAUCUGCCUUCAGUUUGCGAAUGAAUUGACUCUUAAGUAAAGUGAAUAAUGUGCGAGAACAAGUGAAUGGAAGGUUUUGGGAAGUUUUUGAGUCUUCAGUAAAAUGUUUAUUUUUA